GCGCCUAGCAGGCCUGGGGUUGCCUCUGUGAUGUCGUGGGUUCAAAGGGCUCCCUUGGUCCGGGGUCCCGGAGAGGAGGGGGACGUGUUUGACGAGGAAGCGGACGAGUCGCUCCUGGUGCAGCGGGAAUGGCGGAGCCACAUGCAGAGACGAGUCAAAGUAAAGCUGCGCGGCGGGUGCGGGGAAGGUUAUAGAGAUGGAAUAGAUGCCGGCAAAGCAGUUACUCUUCAACAAGGCUUCAAUCAAGGUUAUAAGGAAGGUGCAGAAAUCAUUAUAAACUAUGGACAACUCAGAGGAACAUUGAGUGCUUUGCUGUCGUGGUGUCACCUUCAUGAUAAUGGUUCGGCUCUGAUCAGUAAAAUAAAUAAUCUUCUGGAUGCAGUUGGCCAGUGUGAAGAGUAUGUGCUCAAACAUCUCAAAUCAAUCACUUCUCAGCCCCAUGUUGUAGAUUUGUUGGACUCUAUUCAGGAUAUGGACCUUUGUCAUGUAGCUCCAGCUGAGAAAAAGAUGGAUGAAACUAAAGAUGAAAGACUCUGUGAAAACAAUGCUGAGCUUCACGAAAACUGUAGCAAGAGUCUUAGUGAGGCAGAUUGUUCAUCUUUAGAAUGUUGUAGAAUACAGGAGCAUGCACAUUCUGCAAACCCAAGCCUCACUUGGAUUUUAGAACAGACAGCCGGUUUAGUAAAACAGUUGGGAAUAUCACUUGACAUAUUACAGCACCUCAAACAACUUUAAAAAUUCUCUUCACUUUUCUAAUGAAAGUAAUGUUCGUAACAUUUUUUAGAACAUUUUGUUUCUUAACAAACUAACCAAAAUUUGUACCAGUUUCUACGUCGAACAUAUCACUUGUAGGUUAUCCUUCAUGGAAAUUUGCAAUAUCUUCAAAUUAACACUAUUCAGUGUAAUAAGAGCUUUUUUUCUUUGUCACUGGUAAUUUUUAUGUCAUUUAAGAUACGCUCAGAAACUCGAGUUGCCAUUGUCAUUUUCAAGUUUCUGAUCAAAAUCAAGCAUUUUCAGACUCAUUAGCAAGAGUGAACAAGAAUCAAACACAUUUUGUAAGGACCUAACCCUGCUUUCUGCUCUUGUCACCAUCAGGUGGUUAGGACCUUAACACCCACUAAUUAGACCAAAGUUACUAUAAAUAACCGUGGAUAACAUUGUAAAUAGACACACAUAGAUAUAUAGAAAUAUAUAUAUAUUGAAAUUAAGAGGCUGUAAGUGUAAGAAAUUGAAGAAAUGUUUAUACUGAUGAUUAAAAACAAAAUUUGUUUUUGGUUUCGUUUUUUUUAAUUCACAAGUAAUCCCUACACCUAGCAUGGGGCUGGAGCUCACAACCCCCAGAUCAAGAGUUGCAUGCUUCUCCAACUGAGCCAGCCAGGUGCCCCAUAAAAUUCAUUUUAGUUUUAUGUUAAAGGCAAGGAUAUACAAUUCCAUGGAAAAUACAAAAUACAUUUCAUGCUCAAGUACCUGGUUUUUCCACGUAUUAAGGAGUUAGUAGUGGUGCCUAACAAUGUGCCAGAUUAUUUCUAAACUGCAGUUUUGUUUCACAUAUCCAUAUAGGAAUAAACACUGAAACCACUGACUUAUAUAUUACCCUGUAGCAGUAUUCUUAGUCUAGCAUAGACAAAAUUAAGAUUCAAGCUUUUGCUCCAGGACCUAAGCAUACAAGAACAGGAAAGGAUUUUUCAGUGCUUUCUUGCCUAAAAUACAGAGUUGUAUGAGGUGCCUGCCUUCAGACCAGACCUUCUUUUCUCUAAAAGAUAGACAUACUAAGAUAGUGAGAGAAUCUGAUAAAAGAAGUCUUCCAAAAAAUUCAUAAAAUAUUCUGUGAUCUCACAACCUCCUUCAAGUUCAUAGAACAUUAAAAGCCGUGCCUGGUGGCUCACAACUUGGGGUUGUGAGUCCGGGCCCCAUGUUGGGUGUAGAUUGCUUAAAAAUAAAAUCUUUUAAAAAAAAAGUUCACAGAACAUUAAGAAAUUAAGCAACAAAUUUGAAGUGAGAAGAUCAUAUACUGGGGCGACUGGCUGGUUCCAUUGGUGGAGCAUGUGACUCUGGAUCUUGGGGUUGUGGGUUUGGACUCCAUGUUGGAUGUAGAGAUUACUUAAAAUCUUUUUAAAGAAACUAAAAAGAAGACCAUAUACUGUUUGAAGAUUUCUAAAACAUGUUGAAGAAAUAAAGUGACAUUUGACUUAAAAAAAGUGUUUAAGGGCACCUGGAUGGUUCAGUCAGUUAAGCAUCCCAACUCUUGGUUUCAGCU